UCUUCAACCACAAUCUUCACUUUAAAAAUGUCCCCACUGAGAUUAUAAAUUAUUGAACAACCCUAUUGAAGUCUAUCAGAAUUCAGAACCAAUCAAUCAACAUUAGAAACGAUGGCAUCAAGUGGAGAAGAGAAGAAGUAUACAACAAGCGAGCUCAUGGCGAGCGCGAAGGUGGUAGCAGAGGCAGCACAGACAGGUUUCGGGAAAGAAUCAGAGGCAGACAAAGCCAAAGCGGCACAGGCUGCAGGUGAUCUUCUAGAUGCAGUUGGUCAGUAUGCUAAAUUGGAUGAUAACAAGGGGGCAGGACAGUAUGUUGAUAAGGCUGCUGAUUAUCUGCAUCAGUAUCAGUCCACCAACACCAACACCACUGCUGCUCCACCAACUUCCAAGCCUGAUCAGCCCAAAAGUGAUGAUGUUGCACCCAAAUCUGAAGAAGCUGUCAAAUCCGAAGAUGGAGGAGGAUCUGGUGGAAUUGGUGGACUAGGUGGAGAUUUUGCUAAGGUUGCUGGAGGUUUCUUUAAGUGAAAAUUAUCUGAAUUGGCUUUAGUGUGUUAACUGUCUUGAUUAAUAAGGUUGUUUAUCUUAUCAUAUGAUUAAUAUAGAAAAGGAAAGUGUUGUGUGAUGAAGGAUGUAAUAUGUAAGGUAACAUAGUUAUGUUGUCCACUUUAUUAUUGCAUAUUUCAGCAAGUACAUAUGUGUUAUUCAA